CCGUUUUGCAAAGGAUGCUGGGAGCUAUUGCCGUUGGUUGACUGCUGCUCCUUUUGAUACUUGGCUAGCCUAUGUUCAACUGUAGUGUGUUGAAAAUUGAGCUUUUAGAAUUGUUCACAAUUACGGCAGAUCAAAAUAGCGACACUGGGGAUUUAGAAAGGAAUUUCCUAUGACCAUAUUGGUAGCUAGGAAACAAUAAUGUUCAAAGGCUUGGUUCAUCUUAUGAAUCUGGUUGUGCUGCAACAGUAUUAUGUGUAUAUUUGAAGAUUUGAUGGUUUAGAAAAGAAAACAAAACCAACAUGGUACUCACACCAAAGCAAAAAGAUGAAUUGAACAAAUCAAUUGCAGACUACUUGCAAGCAUGUGGAUUUCACUCAACCUUAGAGGCAUUCAAAAAUGAGGCAGACAUCAAAGGAGAAAUAGAAAAAAAAUAUGCAGGCCUUUUGGAGAAGAAAUGGACUUCAGUUAUCAGACUUCAGAAAAAGGUCAUGGAAUUAGAGUCGAAACUAAAUGAAGCUGAAAAAGAACUGGAAAGUGGAGGCCCCUUACGGAAGAACCGACAGCCAACAGACUGGAUUCCCAGACCACCCCCUAAGUACACCCUAACUGGUCAUAGAAGCCCAAUCACGAAAGUUUUAUUCCAUCCUGUGUACAGUGUCAUGGUUACCGCUGCCGAAGACGCUACCAUCAAAGUUUGGGACUACGAGACUGGCGACUACGAAAAGACUUUGAAAGGCCAUACAGACAUCGUUCAAGACCUAGCAUUUGACCAUACUGGAAAGUUUCUUGCUUCAGCGUCGGCUGAUAUGACAAUAAAGCUAUGGGAUUUCCAAGGAUAUGAAAAUAUUAAAACACUUCAUGGGCAUGAUCACAAUAUAUCUUCGGUAUGUUUCAUGCCAUCUGGUGACUACAUAGUGUCCUCGUCGCGAGAUAAGACAAUCAAGAUGUGGGAGGUAGCUUCUGGGUAUUGCACAAAGACCUUCACCGGGCAUAGAGAGUGGGUCAGAACUGUCAGUGUUAGUCCUGAUGGAACAUUGUUAGCAAGCUGUUCAAAUGACCAGUCCAUUCGAAUUUGGGUUGUAGCGAGUAAAGAGUGUAAGUUAGAACUAAAUGAUCACGACCACGUGGUAGAAUGCAUCGCCUGGGCGCCUGAAAAUUCACAUCAAACAAUUAAUGAAUCCAUAGGAAACACUAAAAAAGCACCCGGUCCGUUUUUAGUGUCUGGAUCAAGAGACAAGACUGUGAAACUGUGGGACAUUGGUGCGGGUGUUUGUCUCUUCACUUUGAUCGGCCACGAUAACUGGGUGCGUGGAAUACUCUUUCAUCCGAGUGGCAAAUACGUGCUUAGUUGUUCUGACGAUAAAACAGUCAGGUCAUGGGAUAUCAAGAACCAGCGCUGCCUCAAAACUCUCAAUGCCCAUGAACAUUUCUGUACUUGUUUAGACUUUCACAAAUCGUCACCAUUUGUUGCGACCGGUAGCGUUGAUUUAACAGUCAAAGUUUGGGAAUGUCGCUGAGGAGAGUCUUACUGUUAUGAAUAAUGAAAUAGAAUUAUAUUGGCAAGAGGAGUGAAAAUGAAGUCGGACAACGAGGUGCCUUUGCUGUUGAUGCGAAUUGUUUGCUGCAAAACUGUUUCGUAAAUGGAGCGGAUAGUGCUUCUGUUGUAUCUACAGACCGUGAACACUGGUGACUGUUUCAUCACGGUGAUACUUGUUUCUGCGAACCUGUUAAUUUGAUCAUUCUAUUGUUGCUAUACCUGUAAUUCAACCGUCGUACCCUAAAUACCAGUUCUAUGCGUGUACAGAUAAUGCCCAUCAACUUUAGGCAAUGCUGUUACCCUGUCAAACCUUGAUCAGAUGGCUUUUGACUUCGCUUGGUCGCGUGGCUUUAGAGACGAUACCAUAUUUAAGAGGGAUAUUCACAUGCUGCCAGCUCUGACUCGUCGUGUGUAGUAUGCCUACAGUUCAUAUUCAACCCUGGGCGGUACUUCUCGGGUAUUAGAUAACACCCUUGGUGUAAAGUGUUAUAAACAGCAAUAAACGUUCCCCCUUUUGAUUUUUCUACCUCACUUCAAUUUGAUUCUGAAGUAAAUGGUGAUUUUACAUCGUUGGAAAUCCAGCUCUAAAUUUCAAUUUCUAUUUAUUCUCGACAUACUAACCACUAACGAAACACAAUUCAUCCUUGUUGUCUUCUGUGUAGUUGGGUCUUUUUUCUUUGUUCUGCGCAAUAAAGGAAGUCACGCAAAAGAAAAAGGGUCACGAAUAUCUUUGUGAAUAUCUCAUUUGAUCGCAACUUUUCUUGUUUAAUAUCUUUGAAAUAAUGCCCAUGUUGAAAUAAAACGGCUUAUUAGAAUAAGCCUACGCGCCUUUCCUAGAUCGUUCAUUGUCAAAACUGUGGCAUUUAUCUGUAAUCAUUUAUCUUUAGCCGUUUAUGUAAAAUUAUUGUCAAAAUUAACAGAAAACGGACUGAAAUAUGGGUGAUCUUGUCUCCCUUGUAAGUAGCAUGGCACGGAGUUUGCGGGCGCCAGUUUGAGAAUGGGUUGCUGGAAGCCUAAAAGAAGCAUGCAGAUUAAGAUUAAGUUCACCCUCCCGAUUGACGAAAGUUGUCACCAGUAUUGUUCUGCUUUCCAUUGUGUUUGUUAGCCUAUCCGACACAUCACCUUCAGAAUCAAUCCCUUGCAAGGUUGUCUCCGUAUGUAGCUAAAACCAGAUUUUAUCAAUACACAUAGAAUUAUUUGGUUGUCCAAAGAAACAUUUACUUUGCAAGAGGCCCUAUGCAGACGCUUUGUUAGGCAAUGCAGUUGUGCUGUAGCUCGUUCCUUCAACAACAAUAUCUCAAUGUAGAUUUAAUUCAGAAUGUUCGAAUGCAUUAUUGCUGUCUUGGUUGCUGUAGAAUUUACUUUCCAUGAAUGUCGUAUAAAUGUUAGAAAAUCUGUUGCUAUUUGUUAAGUAGUUCUCUUUUUUAACACCUUUGAUGAAUUUUCUUUUUCAAAUGACGUCAGUCUUAGGAAAUCACUAGAAAAAUCCAUAUCGUAUAUAAUAUUUUAUUCAUUAAUA